AGCUCCUGAACACCUCGGACUGCAAUGUCAUAUCAGUUGACUGGCCAGCAGGGUCUGGAUGGUGGCUGCCCUCAUAUUAUACAGCCGUAUCACGCGUUCCGUAUGUAGGAAAGGACACUGCUUGGCUUCUCAGAGAACUUGUAGCUUAUAAGGGACUGAAUCUGAAAGAUGUGCAUUUGAUUGGCCAUUCUCUUGGGGCUCAUGUGUCUGGUCUCGCUUCUAAGCACUUCAAGACAAGAGUGGGGAGAAUUUCAGGCUUGGAUCCUGCUGGUCUGACAUUUCACAAUGUGUCUAAACAGCAGCGACUUGAUAAAUCAGAUGCAGAUUAUGUAGAUGUAAUUCAUACUAACGGUUGCUACACAUUCUGGAGACCAUGGACAGACUGCUACGGCAUCAAUGAGAAUUUAGGGCACAGUGAUUUCUGGCCAAAUGGAGGAGAGCAUCAGCCGGCCUGCAAAGGUGUGUCAGGUGACAUUGGUUGUGACCACGAACUGGCAUAUACCUACUAUCUAGAGAGCAUCAGUUAUGGCAUAGACGACACAUACUUCCUUGCUCGUAAUUGCUCAGCUUGGAAUCAGUAUGAAGAAGGAGAAUGUCCAUGCGGAGAUGAGGCUCAGUACAUGGGCUUUUUCGUUAAUCCAGCAGUGACCGGAGUAUUUUACCUGAACACCAGUGUCGCCCCUCCCUUUGCCAUGAGAGACAGUGUUUGCAGCCCUGGAAGCAAGACCAAUGAUAGCUCCAACAUCAUCAUCAUAGCUUCUUCCACAUCAGCUUCUGUUGUAGUUAUAGCUGUUGCUGGUGCUGUUGUAUUUGUUGUUAGGAGGCGGAAGCAGCAAGCUGACAGUGGCUUGUUAGUGGAAGAGGAGGGAGAGGAUUGUGAUGAUGCACUUCUGGAUGUAUAGCUUUUACCUCUUUAGCAAAUGGUACAUGUGGAAGAACAUUCCUAAACUUGCAGUUGUGAGAGUUAUCUGUUAUACAGAUAUGUUUAUUUUUCCAGGAAGAAAAUACUGUAAUGAAUGAGUAAAAAUGUUUUCAUGUAUCAGAGCCAAAGAUAGAUUCCUUUUAAGAGAAUUUGUGGCAAUCUAGGAUAUAAGAAAAAAGUUUUUGCCUCCGUGAAUAUUAGAUUUAAGUAAUGAAUUUUUAAAUAUGAUAAAAUCUACUUAAAUGACUUUUUAUGUACAAGUAACCUGAGUCAUUUUUGACAAUAGCAAUAAAUCUAUAUAAUAAUGUCAGGUUUAAUAGGUUUCUACUUUUUUAAACUUAUAAUGAUGAAGAUUCUCUUUGGUGAACCUCUUUUAGAUUUCUAGAUUUUUAUCAACAAUAUGAUCAACAGAAAAUACAUAUAUAUAUAUGCUAUAUGCUAGUAUAUAUUUAUAUAUGCACACACACAA